AGGUGGUUUAAAGCCUUAUUGAGAUCAAAGCAGGUCAGGACAUUGAUUGGCUGCCAUGCGCAUUCUUUUGCUUUUGUCGCUGAUUCCCUCGUGGGCCUUCGUAUGCCCUCCAGAGAUGCUGAAGGCGGCUCCAGUCGGGCUGCCAGCAGGCUCCAGAUGCGGUGGGACCUGCCAAGCGUAUGGCUCUUGUGCUGCUGGACUUAUGUGCAAGCAAUUGGAAGCCCUUCCUCUCUUGGGCGUGCGGGCAGCCGGGGAGUGCGUCACAAAGCCGGGUGGUAUAGACCUGGAGAGUAGCCAAAUGGAAAGCAUUGUCAGCCACGCUUUGAGACUACUGAAUGCGAGAUCGAACAACCUGUUCAUGCUAGUUCCAGUUCAAGUCCUGGGAGCAGAACGCACGGAUACUGCGGCAGGUGAAGUGUCUCUUGACGCCUUCAUAACGUGUGAUGCGUCUUGUAGGCGGGGCCAUGUGCUGUUGGAACACGUUUGGACAUAAGGUACCAUCUCUCGCUGAAAGUUGUGCAAAGUCCAUGCAAAAAUGAUGGUCGGCAUGAUCCUACAGAUCCAGACUGCCAGCCACGCGAUGCCCACAAGAUACUCAAUAUGGACCUUGCAGUACGCAAGAAUGAGGACUCGAGCUUCACGUUGCUGAGUCACUCGGCUGCGGAACAUGUGUCACUGCCGCUCACGAUGUGAUGGGUGCUCCCUGCAUCUCUGGACAGCGAGUCCUUCAUGUACAGAUGGGGGUGAGCUGCCUUGUCCGACUGUGGUGUCAUAAGAACAUGUCUCACAGGUUUCAAAUUAUUGCUUCUGUGCAAUAUGGGGAAAA